AUGGCUCCCCAACGACUGUCCCACGACUCUCUUUCCUCCGUCUCGACGACGAGCCUAGUCUUCGAGCGACUCGGCGAGAGGGAAAAACCCAACGGCAACCUGUCCGACUUCAACAACGAGGACCCCCUCAAAGAUGGCUCUGACGAUGACGAGCGAGGUGCCUUCUUGGCCUCGGCUGCCAGCCAGAGGAGAGUCGGGAUGGACAGAAAACUGAAACGGAUAAUAUUGAUUCUGGCGGGCGUCUUCGUGGCAGUCUGGCUGGUUGGGCUGGUGACUUACGUCUCGUCAAAAUCAUACCAACAUGCCUCCGAGAAAGAACACGACCCCGCCGCAACAAAUUCCCGCGGUCAUGGCAAGAAGCUCACCAUAGAUCAGGUGAUGGCUGGUUACUGGCGGGCGGAAAGCCACGAGAUAAGUUGGAUUGAAGGCGCCAAUGGAGAAGACGGCUUGCUGCUGGAACGGGCGGCCCGCGGGAAGGACUACCUAGUCGUGGAAGAUGUCCGCAGUCAGAAUGGAGAGCAUACCGACGCUAGGCGAUCGGUAGCUUCGUCCCAGACGCUGAUGAAGAACGCCUGGUUCAAUGUUGGUGGGAAGCAGUUGACACCAGAACAGGUCUGGCCUAGCCCCGACUUGAAGAAAGUGCUCAUUGCGACCGACACGAAGUCUAUCUGGAGACACUCAUUCACAGGGAAAUACUGGAUAUUUGAUGUGGACACCCAAACCGCCGAGCCUUUGGACCCCAACAAUUCCGAUCUCAGAGUGCAGCUUGCUCAAUGGAGCCCCAAGAGUAACGCUGUUGCCUAUACCCUCGCCAACAACCUAUACGUGCGAAAGCUCGAAAGCAACAAUGUAGUGCAGAUCACCAAAGACGGUGGCCCGGAGUAUUUCUACGGUAUCCCGGAUUGGGUGUACGAGGAGGAGGUCUUUGGUGAUAACAGCGCGACGUGGUGGUCCGGCACCGGUGAUUUCAUGGCGUUUCUCAGGACAAACGAGACAUCCGUUCCCGAGUAUCCAAUCGAGUUUUUCAUCGAAAGACCCAGUGGCGAUGAGCCUCCAGCAGGACAAGAGAGCUACCCCGAAGUGCAACAACUCAAAUAUCCGAAAGCUGGCUCGCCCAACCCAUUCGUCGAUCUGCUCUUCUACGAUAUGGUCAAAGGCGAUGUCUUCUCUGUUGAGAUCGACGGCGGUUUCGAGCCCGAAGACCUCUUGAUCACCGACAUCACGUGGGCUGGGAGCAAGGUCCUCAUCAAGGAGACCAACCGCGUUAGUGACAUCAUGCGAGUCAUCCUCGUCGAUGUCAUCGCACGUACCGGCAAGACCAUCAGGACUGUUGAUGUAGGCAAGAUUGAUGGUGGCUGGUUCGAAAUAUCUCAUGAUACUACAUACAUCCCUGCUGACCCUACCAACGGGAGGCCAGACGAUGGCUAUAUCGAUACAAUCAUAUCUGGGAACUGGGACCACAUGGCCUACUAUAGUCCUUUGGACGCUGACGAGCCCGUCAUGCUGACCUCUGGAGAUUGGGAAGUUGUGGGCGCACCAUCGGCAGUCGACCUAAAGAACAAUUUGGCAUAUUUCGUCGCGACGAAAGAAUCAUCGAUCCAACGGCAUGUUUACAGCGUCAAGUUCGACGGGUCGGAUUUGAAGGCGAUCACAGAUACGAGCAAGGAGGGCUACUACGAUGCAUCAUUCUCAAGCAAAGCCGGAUAUGCCCUCAUCACCUGCAAGGGGCCCAACGUGCCGACGCAGAAGGUUAUGAGCACACCAAGCAAUGCCGAAUCUUAUGAGCAUGUAAUUGAAGAAAAUAAGGACUUGGCAGACAAGGCCAAGAAACAUGAGCUUCCUCUCUUGGAAUACGGGACAAUUACUGUCGAUGAUGUCCAGCUCAACUACCUCGAACGUCGCCCUCCACACUUCAACCCGAAGAAGCGGUACCCCGUCCUAUUCCAACAGUACUCCGGUCCAGGGUCUCAAUCUGUCGAGAAGAGAUUCAGCGUCGAUUUCCAAUCUUAUAUCGCCGCUAGCCUCGGCUACAUCGUCGUGACAGUCGAUGGACGGGGUACCGGCUUUAUUGGGCGCAAGGAGCGCGUGAUUGUGCGUAAGAACCUAGGUAAAUGGGAAGCAUACGACCAAAUCGCAGCAGCAAAGAUCUGGGCCGCAAAGUCGUAUACGGACGAAACCCGUAUCGCGAUAUGGGGCUGGUCAUACGGGGGCUUCCAGACCUUGAAGACGCUCGAGCAAGACGCAGGCCAGACCUUCCGCUACGGCAUGGCUGUGGCGCCCGUAACUGACUGGCGGUUCUACGACAGCAUCUACACGGAGCGAUACAUGCUCACGCCGCAGCAGAACAAGGACGGCUACGACGACACCGCCAUCAGCAACGUCACUGCACUAGCAAAUAACGUGCGGUUCCUGAUCAUGCACGGCGUGGCCGAUGACAACGUGCACAUGCAGAACACACUCACUCUGCUGGACAAGCUUGAUUUGGCGGGAGUAGAGAAUUACGACCUACACAUGUUCCCAGACAGCAACCACGGGAUCUAUUUUCACAAUGCGAACCGAAUUGUCUAUGAUAAAUUGAAUAACUGGCUCAUCAACGCCUUUAAUGGCGAGUGGCUCAAGAUCACGGACGCGAAGCCUCUGCCAGCCAAGGCAAAGAAAAGAGGCACGGAAGAAUUCAUGUUUGCGGUGGAGGACAUCAGGAGAAGGUCGGGAAUGACGGUCACCGCUAGGAAUUCGUUGCUACUGUCAGGUUUGUCUGGUUAA